GUGGUUGUUUUAUAAUGCUCGGUUGCAUUUAAUCAUAGCGAAUGUUUUUGUGUGUUAAAAUGUGCGGAUAGUUUUUAGAUUGCAUUUGACAUGUUAGUAAUCGCGAUUUUAAUUUUAGCUCUGUCAGUAAGAGAAACGAGUUUUAAAAUUACAUCCGCAACAUUAAAACCGAAAGAAAGAAUAAAUGUUUUGAGACAAAAAAUAAAAGAGGAUAUUCUUAACAAAAGAACAAAAGAUUUGUACCCUGUGGACGUGAAAGACACAGCACUGGAAGAUUAUGAAUAUAUCCAAAAUGAAAACCUACCGAUUACGCCCGUUAUGGAUUUCGAUUCAAAGAAAAUUAACGAAAAAUUUAAAUUGCGACCUAUAAAAAGUAAAACGUUAGCUGUCAAAGAUGACACGUACAAUACCGCGAAUUUGUCAAAUGUCACAGGUAAUGUAUUAAGGUUGAAGUCGAACAGAUCAAAGAUACAUCUUCAUAAAGCAAAACGGGUCCGAUUUAAGAAACCGUUAGAGAUUUUCUACAGACGUAUUUACAACGAAGAUAUGUUGCACGAAAGGAUAGAAUGGGUACACUGUCAGGAUAUGAUCACUCCUAUGCUGGCUGGUAUAAAGGUUAACACAAGUAAUCCAAAAAGGCUAUUUGUAAAAGAUCCCGUCGUAUUAAGAUUUUUUCAACUAAUAAACGUAAACACAUCAUCAUACAGCCGAGACGAUAUUUAUUCCAUAUUGUAUCAAAUCAGCAAUCUACAACUGAGACUCUUUCAAUGGGAUGUCGUUCCCUUGAAUAUUCUAUUAAAUGUUAUUAUAAAAGAGAGAAAACACACAUUUGUCAACUUAAAACAGGGUAUCCGGGAGUUGUUCAACAAUUGGCGAUUGGACAUAAGUAACACGAGCAGCUUGUUGCGACAAGCGCGUAUUUUCCGACCACCGUGCGUCAAGGUUUCCACAUCCGAUGGAUCAACAAAAUUACCAAAAGUUACAAAGUACACGAAGAGGAAUUAUCAAGAGACAACGCAGUGUGAUGAUGACGACGACUGUAAAUAUUAAAUACCCCACACUUGUGUCCGUAUAUUUAACUAAUCGUAAUUGUAUUACAAUAAUAAAUCGUUUUUAUGUUACGAUCCCUUGAA